AUGGUCGAGCCAGUCGGGUCGAUCAUCCUCAACUCACUCCGUACCGCUGCAUUCGCGCUCCCUGCCUCGGUCUCUGGGUCUGCCGCUGCCGUGGCUCGCUCGAGCGGUGGGCUCAUGACGCCUGGGUUCUUCAACCCGGUGCCGCGACGCGCGGGGAGCGGAAAGGGGAAGGAGAGGAUGGUUGACGUUGAUUUCGCCGGCUUGGUUCGCCACCACGACCGCGGCGACGCGAGGGCAGCAUAUUCUGAGAAAUGCCAGGAAUGGUCAUGCAGGAUGCGAGUGUCCAUUUGGUGUCUCAGUGAGCUCGGCUCUCGUUUGGGUUCUGUGCGGAACUUGACCUGUGUGACAGAUGGGAUGGAAAACCCGACUGAAGACGAAUAUUCGUUGGCUCAGAAAUCAUUUCCCAGGAAUACACGGCGUAUAAGAAGGUCAGGCGAUGGUCCGCCCCGACGACGUGUCGGUCUUCCACCCGUGCUACAUCGCACUCUGUCUCGUCACGCGAUCCGCUCUGACCGCUCGUCCUCCUCAUCCGACCCGCCUCCCCCUUCUUCGAGCGCGUAUUCCGAUCUAUUUUCUCCUCCAGCUGAAGUCUCUGCAUCAAGUCUCCAGCAGGCGCCGCUGGACGAUCUAGACUCUCCCCUUGAUGCCGUCGCCGAUCCAGACCCGGCUAGCCCCCCGCCGUUAGACGACAUUUCCGAGACAGAUUCGCCACCUCUGCCUCAGAAAAUGUCAGCCGCAGUGGCGCUCUCCUAUCUGCGACGACUCAUUGCCGAGCCGCAAGGCCGCAUCAACCCACGGCAGGUCUGGCAUGCGUACGAGACCGUGGGCAUCCACGACCUCCUCCGUCGAAUCUCCAGCCGGGACGUUGAGCAGCUGGUGACCAAGUUUCUAGUGUUUGGAGAAGGGCGAUUACGGAGGGACCCGGACAUAGAGGAUGUGCAUGAAUUGGGCGACUACGCUCUCCAAAUCCUCAAGGACACGCCGUCGGCCAAGAAGAUUGACCCGACCACGGGAAGAUACCUCACCGCGCGAGCCAUGGCGCUCCAGGCCAAACUGCAAGACGCGCUCGAUGUCAUGCAUACGGAGCAACCAAGGCACAAACACUUUGGUCCAUUCUUGCAUGCCUACGAAUCUAUCCUGGUCUCGACUUGGCGGCACCGCGAUCCCGUGCAGGCCGCCGAGUUUCUUGUGUUCGAGUGGAAGGCCAUCGGCUCUUUCCUGAUCACCGAAAGCAGCCGCGAGUAUGCCUCCGAUGCUGACCUGGCCACGGCUGUGACGGCGGGUGCUUCGCUGCGCAAGACGGCAUUCCACAUUGUCUCCCGCGUGUCUCUCCCUGCGAUCGUGUUGGCGGACAAGCAGGGCGACUGGCCAGAGCAGAACGUGCGGCACCUGGGCGAUCUCCUCAUCGAAUCCUACUUCCGCACCAAGCACCCGCUGGAAGCGCUGGAUGUCGUGCGGGAGAUGAAGCGGCAGAACCUAAAGCCUGCGGUCCACCUCCCCCUGCAGCUCGUCCGCGUCCUAGCGCGCGCGAACUUGUAUGUUGACGCUCACGGGCUGUACGACUCGAUUCCGCGCGAACACAGCUACGAAUAUCUGUUCACGGGGCUGUACCUGCACUCCAACGAGGGCAGGGAGGCUGAUGCGAAGCUGUAUUUCGACCGCAUCGGUGCUGCGGGGUGGAUGAAUGUCAAGGCUGUGCUCCAGUUGAUGUAUGCGUCCGCGGUCUUGGGCAAGACGGAAAAAACUCGGGAGAUCUUCGACGAGUAUUUCCCCCCAGAUGAUAGGGGAGUGCCGAUGAACGCACCGCUGCUGGAGCAUUUUGCUGUGGGCAUCUUCGCGCAUGCGCAGAAGGGUGACUACGGCGGAACUGUGCCGUGGCUGGAAGGACUGCGAGCCCGCGGGAUCGAGCCUGACGUGUACGUGUUUACGACGCUGCUGAAGAGCUUCGCGAUGCGGGGUGACUUGCAGUCGGUUGCCUCGUUGAUGGAGCAGAUGCGCGAAGCUGGGCACCCGCCGAAUAUCGUGACGUACACGACUGUCAUGACGCUCAUGGCACAUCGAAAGGACCCGUCGAGUGUCGAGUCUCUGUACGCGCGGGCCGUCGCGGAGGGUAUCGUCCCCGACACGCAGAUGGUCUCCGUCAUUGUCGAUGCGCACAUCGAGGCCGCGUCGUGGAAGGGCGCCAUCCAGGCUUUUGACUUUAUCUUGACCAACAACCUAAAGCCAGACAUAGCCGCCUACAAUCUGCUGCUCAAAGCCUAUGUCAACAUCGGUGCGCCGUUCCGGAUUGUGUCACGGGUGUUCCAGCACCUGGAGCGGAUGCGCGUGCGACCCGACAGAUUUACGUUCGCGCUUCUGAUCCAGUCGGCCUGCAACGCGCGCGAGAUGCAGACGGCGACCAAGAUAUUCGCCGAAAUGGAGCGGCUGGCGGCGCACUGGGGCUCGAAUCGGCACAUUACGGCCCAUGUGAUGACUAUCAUCAUGGCAGGGUUCGUUCGUGCGCGCGAUCGGCAACGUGCGCUGGACGUGUACGAAGACAUGCUGGGUCGGGGUUUGGAGCCGAACCCGUCGACUUACUCCGCGCUGGUUUCUGCGUAUGGACUAGAUGGCACGCGGGAGAGCUACAAGAUGGCCGAGGACUUCCUCAAGACGUUGGACGGGGGAGACCGGUCGUGGGACCUGCCAUCGUAUGGGCGACGAACCGCGCACGACAAGCUCUACCUUCCGUUGAUCCGGUCGUAUGGACUACGCGGGCGCAUCGAGCAAGUGGAACAGCUCUGGAAGCGUUUCCAGGAACGCGGACAUGAGCCAACGCUGAGCAUCCUGACCGCGAUCCAGACUGCGUACGCGAGAAGCGGGAGGGUGGAUAUGGUUUUGAAGUUGUGGCCCCAGAUCUUCGAACUGGGUGUCAGAUACUUGAAGGUGCCGUUGUUCGAGGACGACAGCGAGAACCAGCGCGCAUCCAAGCUGCACAGCUUCAUUCUGUGCGACCCGCUCUCGUGCUACGUCCGCGCGCUCUCCAAGCGACGCCGCUUCGACGACAUCGCAGACGUCUGGAAUGCAUUCAAGGCGCAUGGCUUCUCGUACUCGUCUGACAACUGGAACGAGCUGACCCUGGCGUUCAUCCGUGCCGGCGAGCUGGACCGGUGCCUCGAGGUCGUGGAGAAAGUCAUGCUUCCCUACCAGCGAAGAAGCAACCGCCUGCGCUCAGAACGCAACGUCAUCCCCGACUCCCCGCUAUCCCUGGACGUGGAUCCCACCGAUCAACGGCCGCUCGAGAAACCGCUCCAGGCCAAGGCGCGCGAAUCUGCGACCAAGUGGGGUCGGUACCACAAACGUGCCGUCGACGCGUUCUCAGAUGAACACCUCGAAGAUCUGACGUACCAGCUGCACGUCCUGCACCGGAUCUCUCCGCUCUGGAACACAUGGAGACCGCGGCACGAUGUGCUCCGCGCGCUGUUCGACGCCGUGACGAAACUGCGGUCCGGAUUCCCGGUGGACGCGAGUACGAAGGAGGUUGACGACCUCUCUAUGGACAUCGAUGAGCGGGUCCAUCGGCAGGCCAUGGCACGUGAGAAACUCACGUCCAUCUACGAGCUGUAUCCAUCCACCAUGGACGUGCUCAAAACCUUUGAGCGGAAGGAGCGCGAGAGACUUGGCCGCCACUUUCGCGGCAUCCACAUCUGGGCAUAG